AUGAGAGGCUGGCCACAGCAGCAGCAGCAGCCGCAGCAGCAGCAGCAGCAGCAGCAGAAAACGCAGAAGCAGCAGCGGCGGCAAAGGCAGCAAGAGCAGCAAGAAGAACAGCAGCAGGAGCAGCAGCAACGACAAAGUGUGAGUAAAGGCAGCAGCAGCAAGAGGCAACAGCAGCAGCAGCAGCAGGUAGCAAGGGCAGCAGCAGCAGCAGAAGCAAGGGAGAAGAGCAGGAGAAGCAGCACGGGAGAAGAGCAGCAGCAGCAGCAAGAGCAGCUGCAGCGGCGAAGAGAAAGGCACAACGACCCCAGCAACAGCAGCAGCAGCAACAACAGAACCUGCAGCAGCAGCAGCAGCACAAGCAGCAGCAGCUGA